UUUUUUUGUCUGAAGCGCUAGUCGCAACCAUGGCGUUCUCCACUCAAAAGGAGUUCUUUCACGUGCCGUUUAGUAACGAGACAUACGAAUUUGAGUGCAUCGAUUCGUGCGUUAAGCUAAAGAGCUAUCCAUCCACCAUCGACGACAGAUCAUGGUCGGCAAACGAGGACAAGAAGUCGCAGUUUGUGGCUGAUCUGGUGGCCUGCAAUUCACCGAUUAAGAAGCAACGUGACGAGGAUGGAAGACCUUCGCCCAGAACUCCAUCGGGACCAGAGGAUGAGUACGGUAGCAACUUGGUGGUGGGCGACAGUCUUAUUAAUGCGGCCGACGACACUAUCGGCCGAAUGCAGGAUCUGAUGAUCAAGAACAAUAUGCUGCAGAAGAAACUGGCCGACUCCGAUGAAAAGCUGAGGACCGCCAACCAGGAGAGUGACGAGAUCAAGCGAAUUAUGGACCAGCGCUAUGACCCGGCCAAGAGCAAGGCCCUGAAAAAAAAGAUCAAGCAGCUGGCCGACGACAAUAAGAUCACUCCGCAGGACGAGAAGGAGCUCAACGAUCUGCAGGCGGCCAUCGACGAUAUGAACAAGGCCCACGAUAUUCUGGAGGCGGAGAAUGCCAAUCUAAAGCGGCUGAUUGAUAAGCAAUCAAAGCGCUGCAAGCUGGACAGCAUCCCUAUAGAACCGGAAAAGAGCACCGACAUCCCGUAUCUGCAGAAGAAGAUCGACGAUCUGGGCAAGGAGGUGGCCCUACUGCGUCAGUUCGAGGACGAAGUCAUGAAGCGGUGUGCCAAGAAGUGCGGAGCCGAUGGUGGCGGCGGCGGUGGUGGUGGUCCUACGGGUUCCGCUGGAAGCGGAGGUGCUCCUGGCAAAGGCAGCUUCUCGCCGAAUAAGGAUGCCGAUAACAUCCAAAAGAUCCUGGCGGAUCGCGAUGCCCUGCGCAAGAAGUGCAAGGAACUGGAGGAGCUCGGCGAAAAGGUCAACCAGCUUGAGCAGAAGGCCAACGAGGCCGAGUGCCUGACGAACAACCUCGAGGACAAUCUUCAGCAGCAGUGCCAGUGCAUGCAGCAGUUGCAAUGCGAGAUGCAGGAGAUGCAGAACUACUACGAGAACGAGGUGGACAAGGCCAAGGGAAACGAGGAGAUACUCAAGUGCCGAUGCAAUCAGAUGAAGCAGGAGCUGGUGGCCGCCAAGUGUGCCGCCCAGCGGGCCCAGUGCCUGCAAAUGGAGAUCGAUGUACUGCGAAACGAACUGCGGAAGCGGGAUAUAGCCAUCAACGCAUACGACUGCCAGUACCAGCAGCUAAUGAUGAAGGCCAAGAUGUUCAAAAGCGCCGGCUACCGUUUCCUCGACGAUCUGCCACCCGAUUGCAGCGAAAGCUGUGCCGAUUGUGCCGAGGAGGAGGAAGAAGGAAACGGAGCACCCUGAAACCGGAAAAGUUUUCCCUUUCGUUCAGAUUGUUUCCAAAUUUCCAACAGCCAUUGAUCGAAAUCUAUAGUUUUAACAAAUUAAACCAUUCAUAAAACCGC